AUGGGUGCCUCAAUAUCCAAGAUGAUGAACAAGAUCUUCGGAUCCAAGGAGAUGCGGCUAUUGAUGCUGGGCCUUGAUGCCGCCGGAAAGACCACAAUUCUCUACAAGCUCAAGCUCGACCAGGACGUCACCACUAUCCCCACCGUCGGCUUCAACGUCGAGACCGUCACCUACAAGAACACAAAGUUCAACGUCUGGGAUGUCGGCGGCCAGGACAAGAUCCGUCCGCUGUGGAGACACUACUUCUCUGGUAUGUUGGGUCGCGACGGCACGGUACCGGGAACCCAGGGCCUUAUCUUCGUCAUUGACUCCAACGACCGCGACCGCAUCGACGAGGCGAAGACGGAGCUCACGCGAAUCAUCCAGGACAGGGAAAUGAAGGAUGCGCUUCUGCUGGUGUUUGCGAACAAGCAGGAUCUGAACGGAGACCGCCUCGAGUUAGGGAAGAUUGCCAAGGACCAUGUAUGGAAAGUCGAGCCCAGCUGCGCGACAACAGGCGAGGGCAUCUUUGAGGGAUUGGCAUGGCUAUCCAACAACGUCAAACUCCCCGCUGGCAGCAAAUAA